AUGUCCAAGUUAUUAUCUUCUACCUUGCGUACUCAAUUGAGUAAGAGAUUAGCAAUUGCCACCUCCAGAUCUAUUAGAACCCCAGUCAUUGCUGCUUUACCAAAGCUUGUUGCUUCCACCUCCAUUCGUUCUUUCUCUAGCACUCAAAUCAUCAGAAAGCAAUCUAGCAGUGAGUCUUCCCUCAAAGCCGUUAUUGAAGGUGAAUUAAAGGUCGCUGAAGAAAUUCCAAAUGAAUUAGAUGCUGGAUUUGAAGAAUACCUUUCAAGUCAAGGUUACAAGGUUAUUACAAAGGAAGGUAAUGCUAACGUUGAAUUGAUCAGAACUGAUGCAUCUGGUCAUGUCAUCCAUGUUUACUUUGAUGUUGAAGAAGUUACUGAUUUAAGUGAAGAAUUCCUGGAAUUCCAAGAAGAAAACGAAUGGGCUGAUGAAGAUGAAGACAGUGAAUCCUUUGGUAAUGGAUUCUUUUCCAAAUUCAAGGUCUUCAUUGAAGAUCCAGCUACUAAUGAUGGAUUAAACUUUGAUUUAUUCUUGAAGAAUAUCGAAUCUGGAUUCUCCGUCGAAUGUGUAAACUACCAACCAAAUGCUACUGAAUUCAUUUCCGAAGUUUCCAAGGGCAACUUUACAGACAAGUUCAGAUACGAAGGUCCUAAGUUCGAAGACUUAGAUGAAUCAUUACAAGUUGAAUUUGAAAACUAUCUUACUGCCAAGGGUAUUGAUGAAAAGUUGGCUGAAUUCAUUGUUGCUUACAGUGAACACAAGGAAGAAAGUGAAUACAGAGGUUGGUUAUCUUCUAUUUCUAAAUUCUUAAAGUAA